CCCAAUUCCGCCGUCCAAUUCGAGUAAUCGUUCUUUUCCCGAUUCAAAACACCGGGACCCUACUGCAUUAUUGCACUCACGACAGCCUGCCACGCCACACCACCGACCACCACACAGGUGCCUUGUACUCAGGAUGUUAUCAGCUGUAGCUCGACGUGCUCUCACAGGGGCCAUCCAGGUAGUGAGAGGCUGCGGUUUUCUUUCUAGUCCAGCCAUGGUGCCUCGUUCUGGGCAUCAGACGCUAGCGGCAGCCCCUCUCCCUGCUGUCCAGGGGAGUCCAGGGGUUAGGCAAGCACAGGUACUGGAUCACAAGAGGAUGCUGCAGGUGGAAUGGGAUGAUGGGAGUUGUAGUUUGUAUCCAUUUGCUUGGCUCAGGGACAACUGUCAGUGUCCUCUGUGCACCCUGCAGUCAGCGCAGGCACGGAGCCUGCUGCUUACCGAUCUUGAUGUGCACACUGGCAUGGACCAAGUGCAGCUCUCUGACAACAGCAAGGUCUGUAUCACAUGGCCAGAUCAUCACAGAAGUGAGUUUGAACCUGAAUGGUUGAGGAAAAGGUGUUUCUCGCCGGAGGCGCGGCAGGCUCGGCAGGAGAAGCUCUUCCUUAACGAACGGGAGUUCUGGGACUCAGGCCUGCAGAUUCCUAUGGCUGACUACGAGGAGGUCCUCCAUGACGAUAAGGCUGCUCUGGCCUGGCUGAUGGCUCUGAGGCGAGUUGGCAUUGUCUACCUCAAGGGGGCAUCACUGGAGCAGGGCCAAGUGGCCAGGCUCAGUCAGAGAAUUGGCUUCCUCAGAUUGACCUUCUAUGGGCACACAUGGCAAGUACAGGAUAAACCCUCGGCAAACAACGUAGCGUACACCUCCGGCAGACUGAGCCUGCACACGGACUACCCCGCUCUGCACCAUCCUCCAGGGGUGCAGUUCCUGCACUGCCUUCAGCAGUCCCAGCAGGGCGGCGAGAGUGAGGUGGUGGAUGGCUUCCACAUGGCUGAGCUGCUGAGGAGAGAGGCUCCAGAGGCCUUCGGCAUACUCUCGUCCCUCUGGGUGGACUUCACCGACACGGGCUCUGACUACUGCGACUUCUUUGUGCAGUCCAAGAACCGCAUCAUAGACGUGGACGGUGAGGGCCGGGUGACGCGGAUCAACUACAAUAACGCCACACGUGACUCCACCCUGGACGUCCCUCUGGACCAGGUCCAGCCAUUCUAUUCCUCCCUGAAGACCUUUGUGGAAGUGAUGAACCGGCCGGAGAACGUGUUCGCCUACAGGAUGGAGCCAGGAGACCUGGUGACCUUUGAUAACUGGCGUCUACUGCAUGGACGCAAGAGCUACGUCUCUAACUCUGAGUGCUUGAGACACCUGGAGGGGGCGUACCUGGACUGGGACGAGGUGAUGUCCCGCCUGCGGAUCCUCCGCAAGCAGGUCUACGGAGACAGCUAGACCUCCCUCGGCUCAGUGCCAAUCCACUGUGCUGCACAGGGCUAUAGACCAGCCAGAAUUGUCUUUUUGCCAUUUCUAAGAGCAGCUAGAGGUAAAUCAUUUAGCACUUAAGUCUGCCACCAGAUGUAGCUCUUACAGGAGAUGGGUAAGGAGUUGUACAGGAGAUAGAUGUUUACAUUGCUGGAUCAUCACUGGCUAGCAUUCAUGUCCACUCAACUCAAGUUUUCUCUCUAUUUUGGUUUCUCUUUGGGUCUGUAGCCUUGGCCAAUAAAAUAAUUUCUGGCAUAAUUAGAAAAAGGUCCAUGAGGGGAAAAAAAAAACAAAAAAGUUUUUUCUUUUUUUAAAAUCAUAUCUUAGAGUGAUGACACAAGCAUUAGUAGACAGCAAUAUACUUUAAAAUAUAGAGGAGAUGGGACAUCCGAUGUAGGAGAAUGGCUAUCAGCACUUAUGAAUUUUUCUCCGUAGCACUAAUUGCACAUUUGAAACAGCCCAAGUAGACUGUACUUACAUGACGGUGCAACACAUUUAACGGAUGCUGGUGUAUGUAUAGUUUAGUAUAUACACUCCAAAAACUCCUAAGCUAUUUUCCCAUUUUCACUAUAUUCAGUAGAAAUGAUAAUCAGUAAUUAUCAAGAUUAUGUAAGGGAAUUUGCUUAAUUUUUAUUUAUUCCAGAGCAAAAUUUGGAAUUUGUCUUGGACUAGAUUACAGAUUUUUAAAAUCUGUUAUUAUAUUUCUAUUCCAUUUCCCUUGAUCUUAACUGUGAAUGCAAUAACUGCACUUCGAUACUUAUGAAAACACAGUGGGAAGAUGGCAGCCCCUGAACUCAGAUAUCUGAGUUAGUCUUAGAACUCAGAUAUCUGAGCUAGUCUUAGAACUCAGAUAUCUGAAUUAGUCUUAGAAACACUCAUGCAUUCUAUUUCUUAAUUUCAUGACUGGAGGUCCCACGUAAUAAUUAUUUAGAAGUAGUCAAAACGUUGUGUAAUUAUGUGACAAGUAUCUGUGCUUUACAUGUUUGUUGGCAAUUAUUUAAGGAAAUCAAAGUAUUUUUAUUUAAAUUUAGAAAAAUUAAAAAAUAGAAAAAACCCAGCAUCUGAAUGAAACUUGCAACGCUUGCAGUGCCUUUUAUUAUUAACAUAACUGCAACUUCAAUGCAAAUACCAACAGAAAAUUGCUGUUGUAAGAAAUGCAAUUUUUAAAUGUUUAAUUUCUUUACAUGAAAUGUAAAGUACAUUUCUGGGUGCUCUAACGUUGUCAGCAAUAACUCCUUCGAAUGGUACAAAAUGCUGAAGAUUGGCUCUUUGCUUUCAGUGUGGUUUUAAAAGGUACUUUCCUUAGUGCCUUAAGUACUGUAUGUAGCUAGUGAAGAUUUCUUUGAGCACAAUCAAUGCACAAUCACCUUUUUCAGUUUCAAAUCUGUGUCUUAAACGUGUUAUUUAAAAGUAAUCAGGAUAUGAAGGGAAUCUUACAACACAGGAGAGAAGGCCUUUGAAAUGAACUUAAUCACAUGCCCCAUUACACUGAUUGUACACUUUCCAUUUGUAUGGCAUAAUGUUCUAAUAACACAAUUUAAUUUUGCAUAACUUUUCCAGCCUCUCUCUACCCCUUAGUAAUAAACAUGCUGUUUGUUACUUAGCCAGUAAAGGGUAUACAAGAUAAACGAGCUGUUCUGAUUGGCUGCUUUGUAUUGUGCCUCAUUCAAAAAGCAGUCAGAUCUGAACCUUUUAACUGUGAUGGAUGUGGGCGGGGCUAAACUAUGAAUAGAUGAUGUAUGGAAAUGCGUUUCUUCUCAUGACUUCAGAGAGAACCAAUUUCAAAACUUUUUGUAGCCUAGAUUCUAUAUACAGUUUGAAAUGUAUAGACUUGGGAGUGAAAGGUAUGUUUUGAAAGUUUAACAUUAUUUACAUAUUACUUCAAACUUUUUUAUUUCAGUAAAGUGGUUUUUUUUUUCCCAUGAUGGGAGCCCUUUAACAUGCUGUACCUUUUUAAAAUAAAUCAUCUCAAAACUCAGUGGUGUGUUUGAUCAUGUAGGUGGUUUAA